AUGUCCCCAGACGACAGUGUCCCCAUAGAGCAAACCGUUCUCUGUGCUCCAAUAGAAGAACCGAGAAAAGCUGACUACUUUCCUGCAGAAUGCCGUGUAGGAGAACCCAAUCUCUAUGAUCCGUCUCAGUCUAUGGAGGUGCCAUGGUUUACAGUCGACCUAGACGCACCAGCCAAAGAACGAUUCAAGCAUGUUGUGAGGCCUUUCAAAAACGAGAUUCAGGCUGUUUUUGACGUCCUAGCAGACUUCUUCACAAUCAUUCCUGGAAUUCCGGUAUGGGAUAUGCUCGGUGAUGUCAUGCUCAAGGUAUUCGAGGAGGGAAUGAUUAUGCAGCCUUAUAAGGACGAAGUGCAGGUAAAUAAUGAAGGUUCUCUCAAAUACGAGCCUCCUUUGAGUGCACUCGCAUUUUACUGUUACUUUUACUAG